GAGGACGGAGACAACAUCGAUGUGACCGAUGCCAACAAGCACGAGUUUGUGAAACUGGUGGCCGAGUGGGCGUUCACACACAACACAAAAGAUCAGACAGCCGCGUUCCUGAAGGGAUUUGAUUGUAUCGUGCCACUGGACAAUCUGCAGGUCUUCGAUGAGAGGGAGAUUGAGGUGUGUCUGGCGGUGUUGGAAGCG